AUGGGGUGUAGCUUAGGCUUAUCCACUAGACACUGCGAGAGGACCCCUCCUACUCCAGUCUCUGAAGUGUCUACCUCCAUGAUGAACAGCUUCAUAGGGUCUGGAUACUGCAAGAUAGAGGCCGUUGUGAAGGCAGACUUGAGUCUGUUGAAGGCUUCUUCAGCUGCUGAGUUCUACUGGAGGCAGUGUGCUCCCAUCUCAGUAGCCCCAGGCUCAGCUCUGUGGACAUCGCAGAGGGAUGGCAAGGUGAAGCUGAGGAUGGGUGAUUCAGGGCCGGCGGCUGAAGCUCCUCUCACCGUGAACCAGCUGUUCACACGUACUGUGGAGCGAUUUGGAGACCGGCUGGCGCUCAGCUGGAAAGAAGGAAAGAAAUGGAGGAAAAUGAGCUAUAAAGAUUAUUACAAAGACUGUCGCACUGCUGCCAAGAGCUUCCUCAAGCUCGGCCUGCAGCGCUACCAUGGAGUCGGCAUCCUGGGCUUCAACUCUCCUGAGUGGUUCAUCUCUGACGUUGGAGCGAUUUUGGCUGGAGGUUUUGCUGUGGGCAUCUACACCACCAACUCCCCGGAGGCGUGUCAGUACGUCGCUAAGAACUGCCAGGCCAACAUCCUUGUGGUGGAGAACCAUGAACAGCUGCAGAAGAUCUUGCAGAUCCAAGACAAGCUGCCUCACCUGAAAGCCAUUAUCCAGUACAAAGGCCCUCUGAAAGAGAAGAAACCAAAUCUUUACUCGUGGGAGGAGUUUAUGGAACUGGGCCGCAAUGAGCUGGAUGCUCCGCUCGAUGAUGUCAUCGCGUCCCAGAAAACCAAUCAGUGCUGCACGUUGAUCUACACUUCAGGAAACACUGAGCAGCCAAAGGGGGUCAUGCUCAGCCACGAUAACUUGACAUGGACAGCAUUUGCGAUGGCUCAUACGAUCCACCUGUCGGAAUCGACCCAGGAGGUGGUGGUGAGCUACCUGCCCCUCAGCCACAUCGCUGCCCAGAUGGUCGACAUCUGGAUCACUAUGAGGGUCGGAGGAGCUACAUACUUCGCCCAGCCUGACGCUCUCAAGGGCUCAUUGGUGAACACCCUCUGUGAGGUGCGUCCCACGACAUUCCUGGGAGUCCCCAGGGUCUGGGAGAAGAUGCAGGGGAAGAUGAAGGCAAUGGGAGCCAAAUUGUCCGCCAUGCAAUGGAAAGUGGCAUCCUGGGCCAAAGAUGUGGGUCUGCAAAGCAACCUGAGCAAGAUGGAGCAGAAAGGUGCGAUGACCCGCAUGCCUCUGAACUAUCGCCUGGCCAGGAGGUUAGUAUUCAGGAAAGUGAGAAAAGCUCUGGGGUUGGAUCGUUGCAUUCGCUGCUAUACAGGCACCGCACCCAUCACCAAGGAUACGCUGGAGUUCUUCUUCAGCCUGGACAUCCCACUGUAUGAGCUGUAUGGCAUGAGUGAGAGCACUGGACCACAUAGCGUGUCCAUACCUGAGGCCUACAGACUCACCAGCUGUGGGAAGGUGAUUGCAGGUUGUCAGACAAAGCUCUUUAACCCUGACUUGGAUGAAAAUGGUGAGAUCUGCUUGUGGGGCCGUCAUGUCUUUAUGGGCUACCUGAACAUGGCUGAUAAGACCAAGGAGGUGCUGGACACAGAUGGCUGGCUGCACUCCGGAGACCUGGGCAAACAUGACAAGGACAAUUUUCUCUACUUUCUAGGACGCAUCGAAGAGCUGAUCAUCACUGCCGGAGGAGAGCAGAUUUCCCCAGUGACCAUCGAGAAUGCCGUGAAGGAGGCUAUACCUAUCAUCAGCAAUGCUAUUUUGAUCGGAGACAACUGCAGGUUCCUCUCUAUGCUGCUCACCAUCAAGUGCCAGUUAAACAGUGAGACAGGUGCCCCAGAAGACGAACUCACCCCUGAGGCUGUGGACUGGUGCAGGAAGUUGGGCAGCUCAUCCACACGGGUGUCUGAGAUCUGUGGAGGACAUGACCGCCUUGUCCUUGCCGCCAUCCAGGAUGGCAUUAGCAGAGGGAACAAGAGCACCACGUCCAAAUCCCAGUGCAUACAGAGGUUCACCAUCCUCGAACAGGACUUCUCCAUCCCUGGAGGAGAGCUUGGUCCCACUCUGAAGCUGAAGAGGCCGGUGGUGCUGAAGACGUACAAAGAGCAAAUCGAGAGCUUAUACAAAGAUGCCGUGACCCCAAGCAACUCUGAGAACUCGCCUGCUGAAUAA